GAAUUUUUAAAAAUUAAAAAAAAAUUGUGGCUGGCCACUGAGUCACAUAUGAAACUUUAUAAUCUUAAUUAUCUUAAUAUCUCUAAUAUGAAUCUUUGAUUGACCAUCAACUUACUUUACCAGGUUAACAAACUGGUAAACUUCCCAUCAUCACUUGUUCUCCUUUGUCAACAAUCUUUUACAAAUUACAAUUGCUUUGCCCUCUUUACCUCUUUCUCUCUCUUCCCUCUCCCAAACCAAUCUAAAUUGCUCUACAAUCGAACAAUAGGAGAAUUACAGUUCAAUUUUCGAAUACCUCAUUUCAAACGGAUUUCAAUUCCAAUUUCUAGGUCCAAAUGAAUUGCGAAGUUUGCCAACUCAAAGAAUUGGAAGUAGAGCAUUUCGAAAUUAGAGAAGUUUUGCGAUGUAUACUACAUACAGUUAUGUUCCAUAGGGCUCUAGGCCUUGUGCGGCCAAAAGAUGUUGAUUUGGAACUUUUUGACAUUACAUACGUCCAAUGUGGAGAUGUGGAAUUGGAAAAGAAGAUAGAUGAGAAGAUUGAUCAGUUCAUUUCUUGGGUAGAGAAGCACCCUAAUAAAAAAAGUCAGAUAUGUUUGUCUUUCUAUGAAGUAAAGAGCAACAAGGCGAUAUGGUUCUCAAACAAAGUUGAACGUCUGUAUUGGGAACAAUGGUACAUCAAUCUGAAUGUUGCUCAACAUCACAAACCAACCUCUAGCAAAACUCACCACUCCAAAGUUAUAGACUCUGAGGGUGCAUCCGAGGAGAGAAGUGCUCGUAGGGCUGCAAUUGAAGUGUCACUUCGGGAGGUUCUCUUUCAAAUAAUAAAGUUUGUAAAUGAGAAAAAGGAUCAUAUUCCUCCCAUUCCAAGUCGUGAAGGAAUCUCAUUUCCCUAUGAGAUUACUAUCCCAAGCUCAUCAGACACUACGUUUGGGAUGGAUAUGAUCAAAAGGAUGCUUCAAACAGGCCAUCCAACCAUGCUUAGCUGACAAUUCAAUUCUAAAUCAGAUCAUCAGAAAGAUUUUAAUCUGGUCAAUCUGGAACAGGAUCGUAAAAGGUGACCGGGAUUCAUGUCUUAAGUGCUCUACAUCUGUAAAUAGUGUCUUCUUGUUUUCCCCUCUUCAUAUCUCACGUAUGAGUAAUUCCCUACUCUUCUCUGUACUAUAAUCCUGCGAAGGUUAAAGUUUCGGCAACUUGCUUGUUCAUAUCUAAUCUUUAUGCAUAUAAAUAUAUAAUGUCUUGUCCCUACUCUUAUUAUUGUUAACAAAAUUUAUUUUUCUUAUAAA